AUGUCGUUUCAAAAGAGAAAAAGUGCGUACCGGAAAGGCGUCACGUCGAGUUUGAUGGAUGAGUAUCCAGUUCCAAAGGAAGGAGAGAGUAUUGCUCGCAUUUCGAUAGGAAGAGGUGGAAACGUGUUUGAAGUGGAAUUGCCAAACGGAGAGAAGCAGCUGGCGUUGUUGCCGACCAAGUUUAAUAAAUUAAUUUGGAUGAAACGAGGCGACUAUGUUAUCGUAACAGAGUCCGAAGGCCAGUUCACUACUGCAUCUGGGAAACAAAAUGGUGUUAGCUCUCUGAUAGAGCAUAUUUUGAUGAAGGAUCAAAUCCACCAUAUCAAGAAGGAAGGGUUAUGGCCAAAGGAAUGGGAAGAAUCGGAGUCUGUAGCCGUUGAGAAGGUUGUAGAAGAUGACGAGGAAGAAGAAGACGAGGAAGGAAAGGUGAAGGAGGAAGAGAGUGAUGAAGAAGACUCGGACAGUGAUUUUAGUUUGGAAGGGAAUCCGAAUCGACGUCGUUUCUAUGUGGAGAGUGAUGAUGAUGAUGAUGAUGAUGAGAGUGACUAA